GGCCGAAAGUCCUAACGCCUGCACACGAAACGAGAACAACGACCAUGGCACAGCCCCUGCACCUUGCAGAGGUGAGCCGAGCCCCUCCAGCCGCCGGAGAGCAGACCGCUUUGACCCCUCCGGCCGACGAAUAAUCCUCGCCCGAUCAAAUAUUUGUGCAUCAUCAGCAUGGAUGAGGUUUCCCUCAGCAGCGAGGAGGUGCCUAAUGGUGAAGAUUUUGAAACUCAGAAAGGAAGAGAUGGUGGGAGAGUGGAAUUUGAUGGUCAAAAUGAAUUACCUCAGGAAAGGAAGGAGUUUGUUGCACCUGCUGUGGGCAUGGAGUUUGAGUCGUAUGAUGACGCCUACAAUUAUUAUAAUUGCUAUGCUAAGGAAGUUGGUUUUCAUGUUAGAGUAAAAAAUUCAUGGUUCAAGCGAAAUAGUCGAGAAAAGUAUGGUGCAGUACUUUGUUGUAGUAGCCAGGGCUUCAAAAGGAUUAAAGAUGUAAAUCGUUUACGGAAGGAAACGAGGACAGGUUGUCCUGCAAUGAUAAGGAUGAGGUUAGUGGAUUCCAAAAGAUGGAGGAUACUUGAAGUUACACUUGAACACAACCACUUAUUGGGUGCUAAAAUCUACAAGUCAAUUAAGAAGAUGAGCACGGGAACCAAAAGGAAGCUGCAGGCAACUUCUGAUGCAGAAGUGCGGACAAUAAAGUUGUACCGAGCACUUGUGAUAGAUGCUGGGGGUAACGGGAACAUAAAUUCUAAUGUCAGAGAAGUCUCAAAUUUUGUUGAUCAUCCCAACCAGCUAAACCUUAAAAAAGGUGAUGCUCAGGCUAUUUACAACUAUCUCUGUCGCAUGCAACUGACUAAUCCAAACUUCUUUUACUUGAUGGAUUUCAAUGAUGAAGGAUGUUUAAGGAAUGUUUUUUGGGUUGAUGCCAGGUCAAGAGCUGCAUGUGGUUACUUUGGUGAUGUAAUUUUCUUUGACAAUACUUAUUUAUCAAACAAAUAUGAGAUCCCACUUGUGGCAUUUGUUGGGAUAAAUCACCAUGGCCAAUCUGUGCUGUUGGGUUGUGGUCUUCUUGCUGGUGAGACAAUAGAAUCUUACAUGUGGUUAUUCAAUGCUUGGCUUACAUGCAUGCCUGGAUGUUCUCCUCAAACUAUUAUUACAGACAGGUGCAAAGCCUUGCAGAGUGCAAUUGCAGAGGUAUUUCCAAGGUCUCAUCAUCGUUUUGGUUUGUCACAAAUCUUGAAGAAAGUUCCAGAGAAAUUGGGAGGAUUGCGCGACUAUGAUGCAAUUAGAAAGGCAAUGAUGAAAGCAGUGUAUGAAACUCUGAAAGUGAAUGAGUUUGAAGCAACAUGGGGAUUCAUGGUCCAGCAUUUCAGAGUUGGCGACCAUGAAUGGCUUCGAUCUUUGUAUGAAGAUCGAAGCCGAUGGGCUCCAGUGUAUUUGAAAGACACCUUUUUUGCUGGAAUGGCUGCCGCACGGCCAGGUGAGAUCCUGAAUCCAUUUUUUGAUAGAUUUGUGCACAAGCAAACUCCUUUGAAAGAAUUUCUUGAUAAGUACGAGUUAGCUUUACAAAAGAAGCAUAAGGAAGAAACUCUCGCAGAUAUUGAGUCAAGAAACCCAAGUCCUGCAUUAAAAACAAGAUGUUCCUUUGAAAUGCAGCUCUCCAAAACAUACACAACAGAAAUAUUCAGAAGAUUUCAAUUUGAGGUGGAGGAGAUGUAUUCAUGUUUUAGUACAACACAGUUACACAUUGAUGGACCAAUAAUGAUUUUCUUGGUGAAGGAGCGUGUUUUAGGUGAGGGAAAUAGGAGGGAAAUCAAGGAUUAUGAAGUUCUGUACAAUAGAGCAGCAGCAGAAGUACGUUGCAUUUGCAGUUGCUUUAACUACAAUGGGUAUCUGUGCAGGCAUGCACUGUGUGUGCUUAACUUUAAUGGGGUGGAGGAGAUUCCUUCUAAAUACAUUCUGUCGAGAUGGAAAAAGGAUUACAAGCGCUUGUAUAUUCCAGAUCACGGCUUCAGUCAUGUUGAUGGUACUGACCCAACACAAUGGUUUAACCAGUUAUAUAGAAGUGCCUUGCAAGUGGCGGAGGAGGGGGUGAUUUCUCUUGACCACUACAAGGUUGCACUUCAAGCAUUUGACGAGUCGUUGAGUCGCGUUCAUGAAGUAGAAGAAAGGCAUGAAUAACCUUAGUACAUAAAAAGGUGCAAGACCUGUCGUAACUGGACGUUUUUGUCUCUCCCCCUUUUCACUCCCUCCCUGAUGUUAGAGGUGCUUAUUCUUCUCAUGUAAAAUAUACUCUUAUCAAUUGGCAUACUUGAUCUACAUUGCUGAUAUAAUAGGUCAUAUUUCCUUCUCAGAUUUUGUCUUUCUAUCAACAAGAAGGUAUGUUAAUCUAACAAGAAUAGUCCUCCAUCGGACUAAUCCUCCUCCUUUACUGGCUGUCCUAGCUCUUGGUGCAAUGAAGCAGCUGUUGAAUUUAUAACUGAGGCCAGUCAUAUCUUUUUUGUUGGACCGCCCUGAAAGUUCAGCUGCCAAAAGCUGUUUCCUGACUACAGGAGGAAGUAUGCAAGACCUUCGGCACAAGAUUGCGGCAGUUCCAAAACAUAUUUACCAAAUUUCAUCAGAGAAGGUUGCUGUCUCCUUGAAGAAACUCCUGGUUAUGCCUCAACCAGAAAGCUUUUGACACGCUGCCACUGGCUGAAAAAAGAGUUUGAGUUUGUCAACUACAUAAUUCAAUUUGGGGUUAUCAAUGCAUUUAAUGUUUGAUGUAUAGGUCAAGAAGUGGAUAGGAACGAGAAUUGGAGGUUUGGUUUAGAUAAUUAGAUGUCGUCAAGGCUUUCUUAGAUUUUCUUUCUUAAGUUUUUUUUUUUUAAUUUGUAAAUAAGAUAUUUAUCUCUUGUCCAGAAAUAGAAUUACUUUGGAUGAAUA